ACUUGUCACGACCCGGCCCGGCUACGGCAGAGCGUCGAGUCCCGGGCUCAUUCUCAUAGUGCCUCCCUGCUGCGUCUCUCGUGUGUGCUGUGUGUUUAGUGUCUCACUCGUGUCACUUUAGGAUAAGUCGAUCGUGUUCUUUUCACUCGUCCGUGUGCGUGCGUGUGUGCGUGCGUUGGUGCUUAACACCUCAUCAACCUCAAAAAAUAACCUCCAACAGUCCCCCCCGUGGACUGUGCCCCCCUCUAACAUGAAAACCUAGUACAACCCAAUAAACCAUCACAACCAUCACCACAUUUAAAUUAUACAAAAUACACAGGAAACACUAUCAUCGUAACUAUCCAAUGCAUGAGCAUUCGUUUCUAUGUCAAAUUUAAUUUCAAGUUUGGGUGUAUUUAUUUCAAUCACAUAUUAUUAUACAGACUAUUGAAUAAUUAAAAUAGACUAUAGACCACUGAGAGACAGCAAUUGUUCCGGAAAAAGUCAAUUAAAAUUGUUAGAUUAGAUGAAAGACAAUAGUGCGUGUCUGUGAGUGCAGAGCAGAGCAGAACUGUUAGAGUUUGUUAAGGUAUCAAGGGACCAAAGUAACAGAGACCCGAACCAAAAUGUCUCACAAAUUGCGUGCCUCAGCUGACUCAAAUUUAAAUUCGAGUAUCAGUGAUUCAAAUAACAACAGGAAUACCGAUGACGAUGAUAAUAUAUUCCCGAUACCGACUAUAUAUCGAUUCCGAGCGCCGAUCGCUUCGCUGGACUGCAUGGAGGAGUUCCAGAGCACGAACGAUCAGCUGUGCAUGCAGCUGCAACAGCAGCCCUGCAGCAAGGAACAGCUGCUGCUGCAAGGCCUGAGCACACCGGCCUCCGUCACUCGGCAGUCGUCCACCGUCACGCCCGGUCUACGCUACCGCAACCUCGGCAAGAGUGGGCUGCGUGUCUCCAAUGUCGGACUAGGUACAUGGGUGACAUUCGGCAACAACGUGAGUGAAGAGACGGCUGACUGCGUGGUGCACGCGGCCUACGAGUGCGGCAUCAAUGUGUUCGAUCUUUCCGAGGCGCACUGCGGCGUCAGGGCGGAACUGCAGUUGGGCCACAUCCUGCAGCGCAAGGCCUGGAAGCGAUCCUCCUACAUUGUUACAACCAAGAUUUACUGGAAUUCAAAGUCAGAUGAACGGGGACUUUCACGAAAGCACAUUAUAGAAUCAGUAAAAGCUUCACUGACUAGAUUGCAGCUUAGUUAUAUAGAUAUAGUGAUUGUCCACCGUGCUGAUCCAAUGUGCCCUACUGAAGAGGUUGUACGAGCAAUGAACCACGUGAUCAGCCAAGGCUGGGUGAUGUACUGGGGCACCGCCAAGUGGACGCCAGUCGAGGUGAUGGAGGCCUACACCAACUGCCGCCAGUUCAACUGCAUCACGCCCAUCCUCGAGCAGACCGAGUACCACAUGUUCUGUCGCGAGAAGACCGAGCUCUAUAUGCCAGAGUUGUACAACAAAAUUGGUGUCGGAAUGAUGGGAUGGUCACCUCUAGCUAUGGGCCUUGUAUCAGGAAAAAUGGAAGAUGGAGGACUACCGAUUAUAGCAAGGUCUUCUUUGAAUAAGAAUAAGUACAAUCAAUCGUUUAGUUGGACUGAAGAUGAAACACAGUCAUCAAAUAAAGAAGAGCGGCUGCAGCCAGAGGACAACAGGAGGCAACAGGAGAAGCUGCGCGAAGUGGCUGCAAUCGCCGACCGCCUCGGCUGCAGUGUGGUGCAGCUGUCCAUCGCCUGGUGCCUCAAGAACGACAGCGUGCAGUGCUUGUUGCUCGGAGCAGCGGAUGUCGACCAGCUCUUCCAUGCCAUUCACAGUCUACAGUUGGUUCCCAAGCUAAACACAAACAUGAUGAACGAGCUGGAGCGAGUGCUGGAGAACAAGCCUUGCCGCCCGCCGAUGGUGAGCACCCUGGCGCUCAGAUGACAAACAAUGUGCCCCCAGGGGGGCUCCAGCCUAGGCGGCGACUCGCCCAAGGAGGAGGAGGCGCAGGAGGAGGCCAAAGAGCAGAAGCUGCCCUUCUGCACCAUUCAGUGACAAUACCAGGACCCCAGUCCAACGCCCGACCAUGUCUAGCAUACGGUAUGGCAGCCGUGGGGUCAGUGGCUUCCCACCCAGACGCAGAGGCUCAUCGAUGCUCUGGUGGGAUUUUACAAUUCAUGCAUGCAAAAGUGAUUUACUCCUACAACUGAUGCCUGACCACGAGUUGUCUUCUACUGCGUAUUAUGCCAAUCACGAUGACAUUUUCAAAGUUGGAAUGGGUUUCCAGGGAAGUUGAAUGAAAAAUUUAUCUUUAAGGAAAGUUUUGCUGACUGUCAGUUUUCUGGCUGAUGCAUAUAGCACGUUAUGUUUCUUUACUGUAUUAUUUCAAGUGUGUUCACUUUUUAAAUCCAGCCUUAAACUUUCCACGAUAAUGAAAAUAAACAUGUACAUAACUGACUAUUGGGAUUCUUACAAAUAAUAUGUACAAUACAAAUAAUGCAAUAAAUUAUCGAUGGAAGCUAUUACCGUACGCAAUGUCGAAUGAUACAUUUUGUAGUGUUAUGAGUAUAACUAGGUACUACAUAAUCGAAGAGACUUGAGAAAUUGUCAAAAAAUCCACGUUAUUUUAAAACCAUUAUUUCACAGGAGCAUGCUUUCUUGAGUGCUCACACAUAAUCUACAAGGUAUUUCUGUACGGUAUUGACUGUAAGUUACACGAUUUACAUUGUGUAAUGACACUAUACAAUGAAUCAAUAUUAUGUUAUCAUAAUAAGCAAUAUAAAUCUGAAGAUGCAGCGUAACAUUGAGAAACAGUCAUUCUUGAGUAGGUACCUUUCUACUUAUUUGGUUGGUUAUAGUUGUUGUUUUAAUGUAAUGGUAUAACAAUCUCAAGUAGUCAUAUAAACUAUAAAGAAUAUUUCCAAGUUGUAUUUCACAAGUCUAUUUAUCAAAUAUUAUUAGAAUGUCUUAUUGAUGCCAGAGUAUGUACCGGUUUUAUGUAUUGAUCAGAGCUGGCGAAAAGAUAUUUUCUCCUGAGAUUCCCAUUCAUUAAACUGUUGAAAAAUCCAUCUUGAACUAAUACAGUAAAGCCAUAAAAUGUGCAUUAUGUAGGGCCGCAUCCAUCCUGCUCACAAAAAAAGGUUGUUUAGUGUAUAAAAUAAUAUAAAUAAUAAGGACAAUACCAAGGUUUUGUUCUAAUAACUAGUAGGCUAAGAGAAUUUUCAUCCAUAUCUAAACAAAUUCAUCCUAAAUUUUUGACAAAGCGCGGAUUUAGCAUAAGAAUAUUAUCAUAUACAUAUUAUUAAACGUAUACAGUAUUCAUUUGUCAAUUUAUAAACAUUUUUCAAUGAUUUUAAUUUGUAAAGAAUAAGUAGUGAAGAUCUAUAUUUGAUUUAGAAGGAAAGAGGGAUCCAGUUAUGACAAAUUAUGCUUAAAAUAUUUACAGAAUAUUUCAAUUGAAUAGCAUUUUUUAUCUCUUUACUUCUAUUUAUGAUUUUUUUUAGGUUUGGUAAGAGAUAUUUGGUUACAUUUCAAUAUCCAUGAUCUACAUAUUGGAACAGAAACAUCAAAAGAUGACCAUUCUUAUGAACUGAAACUUAUUUAUUCGAAUGCAUAAUUGAAUAAUUUACAGAAAACUCAUUAGUUGAUGGACAGUUUGGGAAUUUAAAAUUCUAAAGCAAAAUUGUUUUCUAAAGAUUUGAAUUUCAGAUAAAAAAAGCUUUCAAAUAGAUUAUUUCACUUCCAUUUUGUGUAGAAAAAUUGAUUCGAGCUCAUAAAAUGUUUUGGAAAAUUUACAAGAACAAUAGAUUUUAUUGGAGCCAGGUAUAGAUUCAUUAUUGAUUUAUUGUAUUAUAGGUACUUCAUGUAUUUUAAGUAACAUAAUGUUGUAUUUUUACUAUUAACAUAUUAACCAGCAUAAAUAUAUUCAUUUAUCUUGGUAUUCAUGAUAAGCUAAAUUUGAAUAGUAUAUUUUCUUCUUGAAUAAUUAUUCUUAGUAUUGUCUAUUCGGAACUUUUCAUCAUCUAUACUUCAUUAUUUCCUAGUCAUUCCCUGAAUGUUUUGUGAGACUAUGAAUGUGAGUGGCCUGAUUCUAUUUCAACCUGUACAAAGUGAAUUUAUUUUUAUCGAAAUAUAGUAGACAUUAAGGCAAAGUUCAAAAUCAGUCUACAGAACUGUGAAUAUAAGUUUUAAGGCCUAACAUUCAGUGACUAGAAGGUUAAUGGUUGUGCUGGAUGGCUUCUAGAAAUAACUUACAUGGAGAUAUAAACUCUUAAUCAUAUACAUAUUAAAAUCAGUCAAUUCAAAGUAGCCAAGUUCUUAUUAGUCUUAUUUCUUCUUUCAUGCCAUUUCAUGCCUAGUCACUUUCUUUUCUUCAUGCCAUUUUCAAGAAAAAAAAUUAUGAAGGAUAAAAUGUUAUAGAAGCAAUUUUAUCCCUAAAUAAUUAAUUUGAUAUAUAUUGAAAAGAAGUAUUGAACACAUUACUACAAUUGAUUUCAGAAAUCAACAAACAUUUCAAAUUUAGAAUAGUAUCCUAAAUAUGAUUCACAUAAAAACAGAGCGAUUUUAAUUCAAAUAUUCCGAUAACUUUAACAACAAUUUAUUCAUAAUAUUUUCUCAUUCCAGUGCUGCUACUUCAUUUUUUAAGCUAGUUCUAGAGAAUGAUCUUAAAUCUCAGGUAUGGGAGUGUUUUUAUCUUUCAUCAUGCUUAAUCUUGUAAAAUAGAUUAUACAUAAUAAACAUUUGUAAACAACAUAGCUUUAAAAAAUCUUAAUUUUCAUUUAUAAAGGAUUUAUAAUAAAAAUUUGGAAUAACCAAUUCCAAAUGAGGUCCUGAAAAGGUUAGGUAAUAUAGUAUUGAAAAUCAUAGAAUAUAAGAUUGCAAUCGUAAGAAAUGUAAUAAAUUUGGGUAAGAUAUCAAAGAACUUGUAAAUUUUGCUGUCAUCAUCUUAUACGCUUGUAUAUAAUUCAUUUAGUCAGCAAGUCACUUGACUUGUCUUAAUAUACAUUAUCGUUGAGAUUUAAAGUUAUUUUUGGAUAGUAGUUUAUAAUAAUAAUAUUGUAUUUGUUGCGUUGAUGAAAGUGAGUGUUUUUAUAUGAAUGAGAAGGGACAAACAUUUUAGAGUGAUAAUGAUUGAAAGCUUUUCUUCUCUUUGACUUUCAAAAAGUCUUCAUCAUCUCUGUAUCAGCUCUUGUGAACAGAACCAAUUCAUAUUGGAAUGAUGUACGAUUCUAUUGUGAGGAAUACUAAUAUAAUUAUAAGCGUCUCAUAAUUCGAAUUCUCAUACUAACUACUUUUAAUGAUAGGUGGAACAAGAUAUGAAUAAUCAGGCUUUAAAAUAAAAACACUCGACUAUUUAGGAAAAUGCUAUUGCAUUAAAUUUACUUCCAUUCAGUCUACUUGGACUUAGAAAUAAUCUGCUGUAGUUUUAUUGGUAAAUCUAAAGAUUACUGGCAAGAGCAUCAACACUUCAGAUUUUAAUAUUUUACAUUAAAUUGCACUAAACAAUACAAUUAAUUACGGAUUCAAUAUUUAAUUCAUUAUUCGGAAUUGAAACAUCAAGCGAAUAACAGUACAGUGUAUAAUAAUUAAGUGUUGAUUUGGCAACCCAUGGUUUAAUGUAUCAUGAUUUAAUCAAAGUAUCAAGAGAAUUUUAAUUAGGCUACUUUAGCGUUGUUAGUGGAUAUUUAUAAAAAUAAUUUUGAAGCUCUCAAAAUGAUGAAAUAUCCGAAUUCGUGGGAAUAUAAUUUUCUUCAUUUUAGAAGAAAUUAAAGAUCGAGAUAAUGACUCAACAGAAAUGAUUAAACAGCGAAGGUAAAUAUCAGUCAAAGGAGAAGAUUAAUCAAUGUCACCCAAGUAGUUACCUUAGAUCUGAUCCUAGCUAGGUCGUUCAAACUUCUAAGAGAUUGUGAUUUAGUCUAAGAAAUUCAUCACGAAACAAAAAUGACAUGCAAAUUGAAGACUUUUUACCAAUAAGUGAGUUUAGUUAGAACGAUGAGCAUAAAUAAUAACCUUAACCAAUUGUUAUUUCUAUUAAAAUAAUAAAUAUAAUUUCAAUAUUAUUGAACGAUUAAGUGCGGUAUAAACCUUCCUACUUUAAGCAAUGCUAGCGAGUAGCUACUUUAGGUUUUAUGAUUUAUAUAAAAAUAGGAAUUUGCAAAUAUUGUGAUUAUAAUAAUAAUUACUGUGUCUUUUAUGAAUUGUUAGAAAUUUGAUACAUAAGAGAGUUGAAGUUUGUGUUCUUAAAUUAUAAUGAGCAGAUUGAGAACAGAAACAAAAUACUAUUUCAAAAAAAUGAUAACUAGAUUUACGAUGAAUACGAAUGUUGAUUCAGAAAUAUGAUAAGAUUCACGUGAAAAAUGUAUUCUUGUUAAUAAACUGUUGAAUAGAAUAAUAUAAAUAAUCAGUACAUAAGUUAUAAGUUACCUAAAUUUAGAACAAACAUGCAUAUUAUGAUUACGUAAAUAGUUUAAGAAUAGGUACUCAACCUUAUUGAAUUUAAUAUUAUAUUAUUGUUUAUAGAGAGCAAUAAAAUGUGAACAUGA